UUGAAUAUGUGAUGUUAUUAUUUAACAGAAAGUCAAUUUUAAGUUAAUGAGUUGUUUAUCCGAUAAUGAACAUUGUAAAAACAAAUUAUUCUUCCAUCAAUGAACAGACAAGCAUCGAUGCGCGCUAAGUGCAUUAGUGACGCGGAAACGCGUCGAGUCACGGAAUGGUGGGGAAUAGCGAGAUAAAAGUAAGGGUAAAUAGUACUGAAAAUCAUUGAGAGCGGAGCGAAGUGACAAUGACGAUCGAAAGCAAAGGAAAUAUGGUGUCGACAAGUGCUUCGACGAGACUCUUCUAUGCGCUCCUUUUCGUUCAAUUUAUCGGCCAGCUCGGCAGCUUUCUUUAUCUCUACGUGAACGUGGCGAAGCUCGAACACCAAGUGCUGCAAGUGCAGACUGCGGGAUGUUCGACGAUCUCGGCUACCGGUGUUGCCGCGACUGCCACCGCCAGCGCCACUACAGGAGGUAGUCAUGGUCAAACUGCGGUCAGACGCAAGAGGAGUAGCUCGAUGCCACUUACCGAGGACAAUGCUGUCUCCGAUGUCUACAGGAAUCGCAACGACAAGAACAUUGAGUCAAAGGAUUCGAAAAGUAUGGCCAACGCAAAAGGAGACGAAUGGGUAUGGGUUACCGCAGACACCCGUAUUCCAACCGACGCCAUAGAAACGUACUGCCGGAAAUCCCGAGAAUUUUGCCCGCCCGGCGAUCGAGGCUUGCCCGGACCGCUUGGGCCAGCCGGCAUCAAGGGCGACCAAGGCUUGCCGGGUAUACCAGGCUCACCAGGACCGGCGGGCCCGAGGGGUCUGCCCGGCCCCAUGGGACUACGAGGCGACCCCGGACUCGACGGCGUCGACGGUAUUCCGGGCGAGCCUGGACUCGACGGACUUCCUGGGAGAAGCGGCAAAGACGGCAGAGACGGCCAAGAUGGUAAUCCCGGUCUGAACGGAACACCCGGAGCACCAGGAUACAACGGAACCGACGGUUCGGAUGGCAAGCCAGGACCUCAAGGACCUCCAGGACAGCCGGGGCUGCAAGGUAGGACCGGUCCGCGAGGACCCCCCGGCCAAGACGGCAAGCCCGGAGCGCCGAGCAUCGUCGCCUACACGCCUUUCAAAGCCAAUCUCAGCCUCGAAGCUCACAGUCUUCUUAUACCGCCAUCGAUCGUCGGUACUUCGCCGAUUCAUUACGUCGUAGCUGAGGAAGGUGUGAAUUUGCGCCUGGAAUGUCAUGCCGCUGGAGCCCCGACCCCCGUCAUUCAGUGGCACAGGCCGGACGGCUCGCCGAUACACACGGGCAGCUGGUCGGCUUCGGCCAUUUAUGGUAAUUCUUUGAACCUAUCGUCAGUCCACCGAGAGGACAUGGGAAAUUACACUUGCACCGCCGACAAUGGAGUUCCGCCAAGUUCGAUCAAACGAUAUAAGCUUAAUGUAAAAUGGACGAAAAAGGUUGGUUUCGGCUGGGGUAGAAUGAAAAAGUACUUGUGUUUGUAUUCCUUCAUUAUUAAAUAA